UCACCUUAGUGGGCUAUAUGUGUUUGAAGCCCAAACCAAGAAGUCCAAAUCCAAACCAAAUUAGGGUUUCCAAUUCCAUUUUGCUAUAAAUCUUAACACAAGAAAACCUCUUCUUCUCAAAUCUCACUCUCCUCUACAACAAAUCCAAGGUUGAAGAAGAAGAAGAAGAUGGCAACAGUACCUGGACCACUUGUUUGGGAGGUCGUGAAGAGGAACAACUCUUUUUUGGUUAAAGAGUUUGGAAAUAACACUCAGAGUGUUCAAUUCAGCAGAGAACCCAAUAAUCUUUACAACCUUAACUCCUACAAAUACUCUGGUUUGGCCAACAAGAAAACUGUAACUAUUCAGUCUGCUGGUAAAGAUCAGUCUGUGUUGUUGGCAACCACCAAGCCAAGGAAGCAAAACAAGCCUGCAGCUUUGCUUCACAAAUCUGUGAUGAAGAAAGAGUUCAGGAGGAUGGCUAAAGCCGUGCAAAAUCAGGUGGCAGACAACUACUACAGACCUGAUCUUAAGAAGGCGGCUCUUGCAAGGUUGAGUGCUGUUAAUAGGAGCCUCAGAGUUGCAAAGUCUGGCGCUAAGAAGAGAAACAGGCAUGCAGGAAAGAAGUGAAUUGAGAAGAGAAUUAGAUUGCAUGCUACAUUUUCAUGAAUCAUGUUUUCCCCCUUUUUGUAGUUUAUGUAUUCUAGAACCAUAUUCUAGAAUACUGGAGUUCAGUUUGGUAAAUUAUUUAUUGCGUUUUCAAUACAAGACUGGAAUGCCAUCUUUAUUAUACUUUAAACUGGGUCUGGUGUUUUGUUUUUCA